GGCCAGUGGAGAAGCUAAACCGACAUCCGCUCCACUUUGCAGGCCUGGGGGAUCACGAGGGAACGGCGCUCGCUCGCAAACGAGCACAGGAAAAAAAAAGAGUUGAUUCAGUCUUCCCUCGAGACUUUUGUCAGACCAUCAACAUCUUUGCACACUCCCUCCCAGGUCGCACAAACACACCCAGUCGCGACAAUGGCACCAUCCGCCCAGACGCCGCUGCCCCUCAUCACGGUGCUGGGGUCGCUCAACAUGGACCUGGUGUCGUACGUGCCGCACCACCCGCUGCCGGGCGAGACGUUGACGUCGAGCUCCUUUGCCGUGUCGCCCGGCGGCAAGGGCGCCAACCAGGCCGUGGCGUGCGCCAAGCUCUCGCGCCCACGGCCCGGCACUAGCAGCGACGAUACUGCCGCCGCCACCGCCGCCGUCCGCAUGGUCGGGGCAGUCGGGGCCGACUCGUACGGGGCGCAGCUGCGCGACAACCUGGCGGCGCACGGCGUCGACGUGUCGGGCGUGGCCGUGCGCCCGGCCCCGGCCAAGACGGGGCUCGCCAUCAUCGUGGUGGACGAGCCGACGGGCGAGAACCGCAUCAUCCUGAGCCCCGAGUCCAACCACGCGCUCGACGCCGCCGCCGCCGUCGAGUCUGCCCUCGGUAGCGGUAGCGGCGGCAGCGGCAACGACCAGCAGCAGCAGCAGCAGCAGCAGCGCCCGGCCCUGCUCGUGAUGCAGCUCGAGGUGCCGCUGGCCACG